AACAACAUGCCUGAGGAAACUUCACUGCCACGUAGAAGAUAAACUGCACGCGUGUCGCUGCAGCUUCUCCAAACUUUUUCUCAACAUUUCACUUACUUGUUUUCUCCUGCUGUUUCUCAGGUAGGUGUUAGUUUGGCAGCAUGCUCACGGUGCUCGGCUGGCUCUGCUCCUCCAUGCUGCUCUCCGUCAGCGGGGGCAAGCUCCCUGAAGCCGAGGUGGAGAUAGAUGUUCUGCACAGACCCUUCCUCUGUCACCGGAAAACAAAGUACGGAGACAUGCUGCUGGUGCAUCAAGAGGUGUACUUCGAGAAUGGGACCUUGUUGUACACGAGUCGAACUGAUGGUGACAAACACGCCAUGUGGUUUACUCUGGGCAUCAUGGAAGUGCUUAAAGGUUGGGAUAAAGGCCUGCAGGACAUGUGCUCUGGAGAGAAGAGGAAACUGGUUGUGCCUCCAGCCCUGGCCUAUGGGAAGGAAGGGAAAGGCAAGAUCCCACCUGAGAGCACGCUGACCUUUGUCGUCGAGCUGCUUAACAUCAAGAAUGGACCGAGGUCACAUGAGUCCUUCCAGGAGAUGGACCUCAACGAUGACUGGAGGCUCUCCAGGCAGGAGGUGAGCGUGUAUCUGAAGAAAGAGUUUGAGCUUCACGGCUAUCCUCCCAACGACACACUGCAUGAGAACAUGGUGAAUGACAUCUUCAACAGAGAGGAUAAGAACAAAGACGGCGUUUUAUCCUCCCGAGAGUUCACUUACAGACACGAUGAACUUUAAUUCUCACACACUCGCUCUGUGUCACCGAGUUUAAAGUGAUUUGUGGUUGAAAUACUUUGGUGUGGAGCUUUAUUUCCUGCAUGAAAGUAUUUAUAGCAGCGUUGUGUUUGUCUGCUGUGUGACAUGUGGUGAUCUUUGAGCCAACAGGUGUGUUUAAUUGAUGUCUUUUUUAUGUUUAUGUGUUUACAAGAGUUCAUUAAGUGUUUCACUGGACAUCACCUUUUAAGAAUGUGUUCAAAUGCUAUUCAGCUACUAAAGUGUCACCAAAUAUCUGGGGAAAAACAGACAGGAAGUAAAUGGCUUUAGCAGUAUAUCCAAAGUAUAUAGAUAAGAGAUGCUAAAUUUGGCUGUUAAAUUCAGUUUUAGUAAAGAACCUUUUUUUAUUUCCUUUGAAAAAUGUUUCUACAUCUAUUUAAUGUAACCUUUGUGGUUCCAUUUUAGAGAACAAUCCCAAAAAAUGUCUUAAAAUCAGGUUUAUAAUCAUGAUUAAAUUGUGUUUAUGUUAAA